AUUCUUAGGGUAUGGAGGACACGUAGCCACAGGCUGAUCUGUCUCCCGACCUUUCUUCGCAGGCCCCAGGGCAAGUCCUACCUGUACUUCACACAGUUCAAGGCAGAGGUGCGGGGCGCCGAGAUCGAGUACGGCAUGGCCUACUCGAAAGCUGCUUUUGAGAAAGAGAGUGACGUUCCCCUGAAGAAUGAGGAGUUUGAGGUGACCAAAACAGCAGUGUCCCACAGGCCUGGGGCCUUCAAGGCUGAGCUGUCCAAGCUGGUGAUUGUGGCCAAGGCAACACGCAGCGAACUGUGACCCGAAGCCCCUCUUGAGGGCGGCUCCUCUCCACGCAAGGUGCUGGACCCCAAGAGGGCCCAGUACUUGUUUUCUAGGUGGGAUUGGGGGUCUCUUGGUUUUCUGUCCCAGCUGAUGUUGCCCCAUUUGGAGGACAGCUAAGGCCCCAGAGUGGAGUCUGGAGGGCUAGGACUCACCUGGCUCCCACCUUCCCUCACCCCGAAGAUUGUGGGUCUGAGACCCACAGCUCUUCUCAUCAGAAGAGGCAUCAGGACACAUGGUGGGGGGCCGGGGGGGCGUCUCCCGGAAUCAUGGCUUUUCUGAAGCCAGGGCAUCCCCUCCUCCCCGCUGGGAUCAGGCCAGGCUCCAGGAUGUUCUGCAGGGGAGCCCCCCGCCGCCUGUGAUCCCACACCAGCCACCUUCUCACUCCCCAGGGGACCAACUUUCAGACUGGGCAGAAAUGAAAUGUUCUUUCAUAUUUAAAUAAAUAAGACAACUAAAAAGCA